CGCAGUCCAACACGCGCAAAGUCUUUCACCCUCGCCCACAGCAUCCUCCGUUACCACAGUUUUUUUCUCCGCCUAUUUUUAUCGGACGUAGUUAUUGCUUUGCGUCUCUUCAUAUUUGGUGAGCAGGUAAUGAUGUGCUUGAGCUGGUUCUUUUGUUACCGACUUUAUCAGGAAACACCAGUGCUCCAUAUAAGGGUGAGGUAGUGAGAGUUAUGGAUAACGUUGAACUUUGCCCACAUCUGGACUCCAUUGGAGAGGUUACCAAGGAAGAUUUGCUCCUAAAAUCAAAGGGUACAUGCCAGUCUUGUGGAGCAGGUGGACCAAACCUCUGGGCUUGUCUACAGAGUGGGUGUUCGUAUGUGGGUUGUGGCGAGUCAUUCACAGAUCACAGCACAUUACAUGCCCAGGCCAGGAAACACAAUUUGACUGUGAACUUGACGACAUUCCGUGUGUGGUGUUACGCUUGUGAAAAGGAGGUGUUUCUGGAACAACGUCAGUCUGCACAUCCCCCAUCACCACAGUGCAAGUCACCAGAAUGGGGUCCAGCAGUACAGCAUGGUACACACAGCCUGAAGGCUGUGCCAAUUGCAGUUGCUGAUGAGGAAGGUUCUGAGUCUGAAGAUGAUGACCUGAAGCCACGAGGGCUGACAGGUAUAAAGAAUAUUGGAAACUCCUGCUAUAUGAAUGCAGCUCUGCAAGCGUUGUCGAACUGCCCUCCACUGACACAAUUUUUCUUAGAAUGUGGAGGUUUGGUGCGUACAGACAAGAAACCAGCUCUGUGCAAAAGCUACCAGAAACUUGUUAAUGAUCUCUGGCACAAAAAACGCCCAAGCUAUGUAGCACCGACAAGCCUGUUCCAUGGAAUCAAACUGGUGAAUCCUAUGUUUCGAGGCUAUGCACAACAGGACACCCAAGAGUUUCUGCGCUGUUUAAUGGACCAACUGCAUGAAGAACUGAAGGAGCCCGUUAGAGAACGUGAAUGUGACUCAUCCAGUGACACAGAUGAUAAGCAGGAUGGUGACCGAUGUCCUUCAGAAGAUGAGUUCCUUUCAUGUGACUCAGGUGCAAGCAGCGACAGAGGAGAGAACGAACCACGUAACAGGGGAUGUGGGGGUGGGUCAGGAGCACUUUCUGAAAAUAAGAUGGACACAGAACUGUUAAUUCAAGAUGAAUAUGUGCAUGGAAUUUCUGAAAAGGAGAGGAUGAAAGAGUGCAAAUUUUCCUACAUUCGUCAUAGGACAUGCUCAGAGGGCGUAGAUGAGGAUGCUGAUGUGGACACAUCAGUGAGCACUGUUGAUGAAGGAGUUUUUAGUGCAAUGUCCUCUUCCCUCCACACUGGCAGCUCAUGUAGAACACCUGAGCCUGAUAAUGAUGCAUACUUGCGCUCUUCAUCCCGACCUUGCAGUCCCAUCCACCAUGAUGUCCAUUCAAAGCUGUCCAGUAGUCCACCUCGCUCCAGUCCAAUGCGAUCUAUGCAGGCCUACUCCUUAAAAAAAGCCCAGCUUUUACCGAGUAACAAGAGGAGGAGAGAGUCUAAAUUCCGUAGUGUGAUAUCUGAUAUCUUUGAUGGCUCUAUACUCAGUUUGGUACAGUGUCUUACAUGUGAUAGGGUGUCAACAACAGUCGAAACAUUUCAGGACCUGUCCCUGCCAAUUCCUGGGAAGGAGGAUUUGGCAAAACUUCACUCCUCAAUUCAUCAAAAUGUGCCUGCUAAGACCAGCAGUUGUGGUGACAACUACGCACCUCAAGGAUGGAUUGCUUUCAUCAUGGAUUACAUUCGAAGGUUUGUUGUGUCCUGUAUACCAAGUUGGUUUUGGGGUCCUGUUAUCACACUUGAAGACUGCCUUGCUGCUUUUUUUGCUGCUGAUGAGUUGAAAGGAGAUAACAUGUACAGCUGUGAAAAGUGCAAAAAGUUACGAAAUGGGAUUAAAUAUUGUAAAGUCCUUAAACUGCCAGAGAUUUUGUGUAUUCAUUUGAAACGUUUCCGCCAUGAAGUGAUGUACUCUUUCAAAAUAAAUAACCACGUGUCGUUCCCCUUGGAAGGACUUGACCUUCGACCUUUCUUGGCUAAAGAGAGUAACUCCAAGAUUACCACUUAUGACCUUCUGUCUGUUAUUUGCCAUCAUGGGACUGCUGGAAGUGGACACUACAUAGCCUACUGCCAGAAUGUGAUAAACGGACAGUGGUAUGAAUUUGACGACCAGUAUGUUACCGAAGUCCAUGAAACUGUGGUGCAGUCUGCUGAAGCAUAUGUCCUGUUUUACAGAAAAAGCAACGAGGAAGCUGUAAGAGAGAGGCAGAAAGUAAUAGCAUUAGCAAGCAUGAAGGAACCAAGUUUGUUACAGUUCUACAUUUCCCGGGAGUGGCUGAACAAAUUUAACACCUUUGCUGAACCAGGGCCGAUUACCAACCACAACUUUCUUUGUACGCAUGGAGGUAUCCCUCCUCAUAAGUACCAUUACAUUGAUGAUCUUGUAGUAAUUGUGCCGCAAAAUGUAUGGGAGUAUCUCUACAGCAGGUUUGGUGGGGGCCCUGCUGUAAACCACAUGUAUGUCUGCUCUGUCUGUCAAGUGGAAAUAGAAGCUUUAGCUAAGCGCAGAAGAACAGAGAUUGACACGUUUAUUAAGUUAAACAAAGCAUUCCAAGCAGAGGAAUCUCCAUCUGUAAUAUAUUGUAUCAGUAUGCAGUGGUUCAGAGAGUGGGAGGCAUUUGUAAAAGGCAAGGACAAUGAGCCUCCAGGAUCAAUAGAUAACAGCAAAAUAGCAGUGCUGAAAGGAGGACAUAUGCAGCUAAAGCAAGGUGCUGACUAUGGACAGAUUUCAGUGGAAACAUGGAACUACUUGUAUAGUAUUUAUGGAGGGGGACCAGAGAUUGCAAUCCGGCAGAAUGUGGCACAGAUUCAGGAACCAGAAAGCCUCCAUGGUGAGAGAAAGAUUGAAGCAGAGACUCGCAUUGUGUGACCACCAAGAUGCAAAUUACGAAUGAAAUCUGGUUGUGGUCCUGCUUGAUCCUGUCAUGAUCUUAACAAUGCAAGAUUUGCACUUAAUGAAGAAAAUCCAGUGAGCACUUUGGAACUUUACAGUAGAAAAUUAGGCUGCCCCAUUAGCUAUAUCUUAGGACUUAAAUAUUUACUGUAGCUUGUUCACAUAGAUACUUAGUGCAAAUCAAGGAACUCUGUAAUUGAAAAAAAGCUUUGUGACUUAUACCAACAGCAAACUGAUUUACUGGUAAGUGAGGAAAUUGGUGUAACUGAGCAUUUAAUUUAUCCUCUUGCCCAUUAUUUAUUUUGUGCUGCUCAGCCAUUCUGAAGACAGGACUAAAGAUAAUAUCAUCCCAGAUACAUAAGCUGGCGUGUUCCCUACUGGCACUGACGUGUUUGAAUAUAUUCACAAAAUGACUUCCAAAUAAUGAAAAUUCCUUUCUAAGAAGAAACAAAUAUGCAUGGGACCUCUGUAUUUGUGUUCCAUUGAUGAUGGUGAAGGGAAAUGGCUAAACAGAUCUGUUAAUACCAUCUUUCAGAAACUAGUGCACUGAUGUAUUGCUAAAAUGGCUGCAAAAUCAAUAAAUAAGUGUAAUAUUGCUGCUGACCAUUAAGGUAAGUUGUUAAAGGGUUAAACAUAUAGUUUAUGUAAAAGGAUGUCUGUUAUUCCCAAUGAGUCUGAAGCAUUUUAUAAAAAUGUUAGUUGCAGUAUAUACAACUACAAUCAGUGGUAAAGCCUAAGUUUAUUAACUUUAAUAUUUCAGGUAGAAGAACAAAUUUAAUACUAAUUUUGGCUUCCUUUUAAGUGUAGUCAUUCAUUCCAUCACUGGUGUUUAUGUGCUGCUAACUGAUUCUUUGUUACUGCUCAUAAAGCUCAACAAUAAUGAGUGUAAUAAAUACAUUACUGCCUAA